UUCAACCUCGCUUUCGGCUAACGCUCGUCUAACCUUUUUUUUUUUGUCGAUGGCAUGGUGCUAGCAGCCGCAGUAGAAAUUACAAGCACUUAAAAAGCGAAUUUCUCGAUCUUCUUUGAAGUCGCAACUUAACUUAAAUUUCUGCAAGCACAUGUCAGCCAUCAUACAGUCAACAAUUCAGCCUUCAGCCUCACACUUUGAGGUUGCCAUUUAUUCACCAAGGUUAGCCAGCUAGCGGGCUAACGAUAGCCGAUUAACGCUAAACAACUUGAGCCAACUCUUAACUCGGCAGACGCUUUUACACUCGCUACUACUUCUUGAAUUCGCUGAAGUCGAAUUAAAACGACCAGGGUAAGGGAAGUAACAUGGCGGAAGCCGACAAGUUGAACAUCGAUUCCAUUAUACAGCGUCUCUUGGAAGUGAAAGGCUCCAGACCUGGUAAGAAUGUUCAGCUGACAGAGAAUGAAAUCCGUGGACUCUGCCUCAAAUCCCGGGAGAUCUUCCUCAGCCAGCCGAUCCUGCUCGAACUUGAGGCCCCCCUGAAGAUUUGUGGGGAUGUCCACGGACAAUACUAUGAUCUUCUGAGGCUGUUUGAAUAUGGAGGCUUUCCUCCGGAGAGCAACUACCUGUUCCUGGGUGAUUAUGUAGACCGAGGCAAGCAGUCCCUGGAGACCAUCUGCCUGUUGCUGGCUUACAAGAUCAAAUACCCAGAAAACUUUUUUCUGCUGAGAGGAAACCAUGAGUGUGCGUCUAUUAACAGAAUAUAUGGCUUCUAUGAUGAGUGUAAAAGGCGGUACAACAUAAAGCUGUGGAAGACCUUCACCGACUGCUUCAACUGUCUGCCUGUCGCAGCCAUCGUUGACGAGAAGAUCUUCUGUUGCCAUGGAGGCCUGUCCCCAGACCUCCAGUCCAUGGAGCAGGUGCGGCGGGUCAUGCGCCCCACUGACGUGCCCGACCAGGGCCUCCUGUGCGACCUGCUGUGGGCUGACCCGGAUAAYGACGUUCUGGGCUGGGGGGAAAACGACCGCGGCGUCUCCUUCACCUURGGCGCAGACGUCGUCACAAAGUUCCUCCACAAACACGACAUGGACCUGAUUUGUCGAGCCCAUCAGGUGGUUGAGGAUGGCUACGAGUUCUUUGCAAAGAGGCAGCUGGUGACGCUGUUCUCAGCCCCGAACUACUGCGGCGAGUUCGACAACGCGGGGGCGAUGAUGAGCGUAGACGAGACCCUGAUGUGCUCAUUCCAGAUCUUAAAACCUGCAGACAAGAAGCUGUUUUAUGGCGGAGGAGGCGGUCUGAGCACCGGUCGCCCCGUCACUCCUCCCAGGAAAGCUAAGAAAUGACAUCAGUAGUUUGCUUUCGACCUCCAGCCCCGACCCCUCUUGCCCUCUCUACCUCUUUUCUCCUUUCUUUCACCAAACAGCCAGAAAUCAAACCUAUACCCAGGGCUUUUAUUUUUUCUUUUUUUAACUGUACUUCUUAAAGCAUUAUUGUUAUGAAUUGUCUGAGUGGGUGUGUGAACGUGCGCAGGUGAACGUAAAAAAAAACAACACAUGUACAUUUUGUGCGAAAUUAUUACAAUUUAUACUUUUCCCCUCUCGCUCUUAAGACCCUCCCAGUGGACGUGUUUGAAACCACAGCUGUAAUCUGGCUGAAGAUUACUGAGAAAUUGAACAGGAACGACUUCACCUACAGAUGUUUGCUUGUAGGGCGUGGAGGGAGCGGAGUAGAGAUGCACCCAGAAUCUGCUCGUGAACGGUACCGACCGGUAUUCAGGCCGACCGGCCUCGAUUAGUGAUCUGCUGGUCGACACUCAAAAAUCAGAUCUUUCAGAUUAUCUGCUGCUCACCUUGUCGCUAACGAUGGGUCUGAGCAAAUGAGAGUGGACAGCUCUGUUUUUAUGUUUGACUGUUUAGAGACAUGAUUAAUCAGGAUGUUAGUAAUAAUAAUGAUGCUCAGGAUGUUAAAAUGUCAGCUCAGUGGUUGUUUUUUAUUUGUUUUUAUCGUGGAUCUGUUGUUAGGCUGACUCGACUUUUGCUCCUGAUAUGUUUAAUUAUUAAUUGUUAACAGCAGACAGGAUUAUGGCUGCAGUAAAAAGAAGCAAUGAUUUAAUAGAAAAACAUUUAAUAUUUUCUUUACUUUGGACAAAGCUGCAAAUUUUAAUGGAUAUCAUGUGGCGGUUAAAAUAAAUUUAGGUGAAGCAUUUGUGUGUACAAAAGCGAAAUGUUUAGUAGCUAUAAUCUCAUUUAUGCUGGUGUAGAUUCUCAGUUAUCAGGGUUACAGUAAGUCCAAAAAGAAAUUUAAUUAAAUUGACUAUUUUAGGUGAAACUACCGCAAAGAAAUUCCAGUUUUCUUUCUGAAUAUAAUCUGAUUCAUCAGAUUAUACGGUGAAUAUUUUUCUGGUACGUUUCAUUUGAUCAGAUCUCUGUUUAAUAAUCUGGAGGUUAUUUGUAGAAUUACAGUGACAGAGAAAGAUCAGCAGCAUUAUUUUUUUGUUUAUUCCCACCACCCACCCCAUAUUAAAUGUUUCUGCUUUAAACAUUUUGUUGUGAUCAGACCGUUAAAUCUGCUGCUUACAGGG